UGUCAUCAGCCGCAAACUCUGACCUGGCCUGUUUUCUUACGCAUCACCUGCGUGUGUGCGUCAUCACCUGUCGUUCAUACAUGCGGGUUAAUUGGGGUCAGCAGUGAAGUUGAUUGUAUCAGAACAUGGUCAGAUGUAAAGCAUGCACUUCGGUCUCCACAGGACGGUAGCCUACCUGGUGGAGCUCGCGCGCUAGCUAGCACCGGAGGUUUACCACAAUGGCUAUCGGAAAUUGCGACCUUUUCGUUUUUGUCUUUACGUGUUUGUUCACUUUGCUGUGCUUCACGGUCCCCGGAGCAAACGGGAAAAUGGCCGUGCACGCGGGCUCGACGGCGCCAUCGACACCACAUCUCAGCGGCUCUUCAUCCGCGAGUAGAAACCGGAGGCAUCACUAUUCAAAACACAAGAGCGCGCAUCACAAGCCGCUCACGGACGAACAGAAGGCUGACCAGAACUUGCAGUUUAUGUUAGACCUGUACCGGAACGCGGCGGACCCGGACGGAAGACCCAAGGAACACAGGAAGUUUGGUUCCAACACCAUCCGCCUGCUCCGGUCCACAAACACGACGGUGCGCUCUCCGUUAACGUCCAAAGACCUUCAGUACACCUUCUCCGUCCAGUUUGACCUCCUUACCCUCCCUCUGGCCCGGCUGGUGAAAGCCUCCUUCGUCCAUCUCCGCUCCCCCACCCCCACCCUGCUCCCGCCCGCAUGCAGGGUUCGGGUCUCCUCCCUGGGCCUUGCCGGCCGCAGCAAGAGCAGCCCCUUCCUCUCCCCCGGAGGUCUGGUCCUCAUCAAUCCCCGGGACCCGUGGGUGGAGACGGACAUCACAGCCCAGCUCUCCGACCUGGUUCUCCAGGGAAACCCGGGCCGGGUGGUUCUCUCGGCCCAGUAUUGGUGCACCGAUCCUGGGCAGGAGAGCCAGGGAAGGGGGCCGCUCUGGAGGGAUGGACGGAAGGCCCGUCGGAGGAAGAGGGAGUUAGGACGUCUCCUUGAUGCCCCGGCACUCCUGCUGUUUCUCGAUGAGGAGGAGGAGGCGCGGGGCUGGGUGGGCGUUUCCAUGGGAACCGGGGGGACUGAAGAGGAUGAAGGCCAGAAGAGGUCGCAUGCCCCGGCUCAACACCCCGCCCCGCGAACCCGUCGCUUCAAAGACGCGCCCUCCUCGCUCGUAACCAGUGACCCCGCCUCCAAAGAACUGACCCCGCCCAAAGACCUCCACCCCUCCUCUGCCUCCUCCUCCCCUUCUCUCACCCCGGGCACAAUCCUGUCGGACAUCCCCAACUACAAGCGAAAGAACUCCCAGGCCAAGAACCAGUGCAAGCUUCACUCCUACAGGGUCUCCUUCCAGGAGCUGGGUUGGGACCAUUACAUCAUCGCUCCGCACCGCUACAACCCGCGCUUCUGCAAAGGAGACUGUCCCAGAAUCCUCCACUACGGCUACAACUCCCCCAACCACGCCAUCGUGCAGACGGUGAUCAACGACAUGGGCGUGGGGGAAGUGCCCGCCCCUUCCUGCGUGCCCUACAGGUAUAAGCCAAUGAGCGUGUUGGUCCUGGAGAAGAACAAGAACGUGGUUUACAAAGAGUACGAGGAUAUGAUCGCAGAGUCCUGCACUUGCCGAUAGGUGUGUGUGUGUGUGUACGCAACUUUAACAUGUAACGACUUGUACAGUAUUAUAAUAACAAUAAUAAUGAAAUGAUAAUUAAUUGGAGAUCUGUUGUGUAACUUAUGGAGGUGGGACCUGUAUAGCAACUGGAAGUAUCACUACUUGCUUUGCAGUAAUGUAGUGUGGCCAUGUUGGGUAUCUGGUCCUUGUUUAGAAGCUACUUGGCUUGCUACUGAUGAUGAUGAUGAGGAUGAUUGUCUUUUCUUCUUUUUUCGUUGUCUACUGUUUCUUUUUAAAGUUAGUGAAGUAAAAAAAUAGUCUUUGUUGUUGAUGCUUGACGUUCUGAGUGCUCAGGAUGUUAGGCGUGACUGUACAUAGAUGUAUAGAGAUGGGUGGACUGGGUCUGCACUAAAAUGUUGAUGUUUUGGCAUGGCGCACCUAAACCUCCCACUGCCCAUUAAUAGUUUGAGCCGGCCCCUGAAAUGGUUAAAUUGGAGGAAUAAAACGGAAGAUGACCCCCCCCCCCCCCCCCAAAAAAAAAAAAAAAAAAAAAAAAAAAAAGAUUUUUAAAGUAAAAUAAACCGACCCGAUUUUUCCUAUCUGGGUGUACAGGCUAAGUAGUAGUCUUCUCUGCCUCUCUUCCGUAACCACAGAAUGUUCAUUUCUCCGGGUUGAGGAAGUGGGCUAGAGCACGCUAAUAAACAAGGGAGGAGAGGGGGAGAGAGAGGGAGAGAAGUGAAUGCAAGAGAGAAAACUGAAGGGAAAAGUGCAAUGUGUUGUCAGUAAAAGACUUGCUAAACGAGUGUCCAUGAUAACUCAAACUGAUCUGAAUGUUUUAUCAUAAGUGGAUGAAUAAAAUAAAAUGCAUGCUGUUGUAAAACUCCA